AUGACACAAGCUUAUGAAUUUUGCACUGAAAGAGUUUUACAACAACAAGUGCAUAGAAAGAAAAGAAAAUUACAAUUUAUAGAAGUUGUUGAUAAUGGAUCAGAUGUUGAUACUGAUUCAAUUAGUGAUUCAAGUGAUGUGAUUGGUUCAAAGGUAUUAGUAGAUACAACAACAACAGCAGCAGUCAAUCAAGGACCUGAUUUCAAAAUUGAUGAUCGUUAUUUUUCUGAUGAAGAUGAUUCCAAAAAUCUUUAUUCUCCUGAUGAAGAUGAUAAUCUUCAUAUAUAUGAAUAUGAUUCAUUUUCGUCUGAUGGUUCAUUACCAUUAUAUGAACGAACAUCUAUUACUAUUAAUAAAGCUCCAUCAUCUACAACUAAACUUUAUUGUAACAAAUGUUUGACCUUAACAACAUUAAAAGGUGGGCAACAAUUCUGUACUAAUUCCUAUUGUUCAUUAGCAAGUCAAAAAUUAUCGAAACGACAAUUAACAGAAGUCGUUACAGUAAACAUUAGAGAAAAACUACAAUGUAUUAUCCGCCGAAAUAUUUCUUUUUUUACUGAAUGUCAAGAAUUAUUUCCUGCAUUUGAUAUAUCGAGUGGUAAUCGUUAUCAAGUUAUCACUGAAAAAGUUGUUCAUCCAAUCACCUUCAACAUUCAUGUUGAUGGAGCGCCAUUGGUGCGUUCCACAAAAUCAUCGUUAUGGCCAUGUUUUAGCUCAAUAGUAGAGUUACCAUCUCCAGUUAGAGAAUUUCAGACCAACAUUCUUACUUUAGGUUUUUGGAUAUCUUGUAUUAAACCAGAUGUAAAUGUAUUUUUGCAAGAUAUAAUUGAACAAUUAAUUGAUUUAAAUCAAAAUGGUACCUCGAUAUUUGUCAAUGAAAAUGAAUUUAAAGUAUUUGUUAAAACUCAAUUCUUCAUAUCAGAUUUGCCAGCGAAGUCAUUAUUUACAAAAACAAUAAACUUUAAUGGAUAUUAUGUUUGCACCAAUUGUACCACUGAAGGUAAUACCAUUUUUAUUUGUAUUUAG